GAAUUGUUCGUGAGCAUAUUCUAUUAUAUUAACUACAUAAUAAGCGUACGAUAUUUUUAAUAAGAAUCUCUGGUUAUUAGAAUUUAAUUAACGAGGCUUCAAUGCUUUUAGAAGUAUAUUAACCAUACGAGAUCUGUGUUUUUAAUAUCUUUAACAAAGCAAAUCGUAAUAUCUGUAUUAAUGUUGUGUCCCUUGUACAUUUGUGCAUAUAAAUAUAAAAAAAUAAUAUAAGAUUGGCAGACAUUUUCAACUGUUAUAUGUGUACUAAUGUAAUUCUUAAUUAAUUUUUAUAGUCAAUUUUAGUGAUUGAAGAGUGCAUGGUACUGCACAUAUAUCUAUUUUCUAGGUGUAAUUACUUUCUAUUAAUUUUUGCUUUUGGAACUUUUUCAUUCUACUAACAAAAAAAAUAUUUUUUCCUUUCUUAGUAUCACAGAUAAUUCAAAUUUCAUAUACAUACAUAUAUUUAAAAAUGGUUAACGAAUUGAAUAAUAGAGAAUUACAAAAAUUAUAGUUAGGGUAUAUGUUAUAUGUUUCUUAGGUAUCCAAGGUAUUACAUUAUUCUAACUCAAUAAUCUAUUCACCUUGAAAGGAUUAUUAGUGCCUUUCUGUAAUUAUUUUCUUCUUUCACCAUAUAAAUAACUGUCAAGGAUAAUUUAUCAAUUAAAUUACCAUAUUGGCUGAACUUUUGCUUAUAUGCAUUGCUAACACAUCUGCUAAUUUGCACAGUGGGGUCAGCUGAAUCUGCAGGGGCCACGUUACACUAAAUUUUCGUAGCACCACAUUAUUCAGCUUGUCCCAUUGUGUCAUGCUCGCCUGGUUUUUAAUUUUAUAUCUUUUAAUUAAUUCAUCACAUCUACAAAUGCUAUCAUUGGGGAUUUUCUUCUAUAGAUUUGUUCUGCAGGAGGAAAGCGAAGGAGUUCCAUCUACUGCUAUUCGGGAAAUAUCAUUAUUAAGGGAACUUGCACAUCCAAAUAUUGUUCAGCUUUUCGAUGUGGUAGAUGGUGACAAACAUCUCUAUCUUGUCUUUGAAUUUUUACAACAAGACUUGAAAAAAUUAUUAGAUACUGUUAGAGGAGGAUUAGAUCAGGCUCUUGUGAAGAGUUACCUAUAUCAAUUGUUGAAAGCAAUUUCCUUCUGCCACCUUAAUUGUAUUUUACAUAGAGAUCUAAAACCACAGAAUCUGUUGAUAGAUCAGGAGGGUCAUAUAAAAUUGGCAGAUUUUGGAUUAGCUAGAACAUUUGGUGUUCCUGUUCGGAUGUACACACAUGAAAUAGUAACCCUUUGGUACAGAGCACCUGAAAUACUAUUAGGAACCAAAUUAUACUCCAAUGCUGUGGAUGUUUGGAGCCUUGGUUGUAUAUUUGCCGAGAUGGCAACUAGGAGAGCGUUAUUUCCGGGUGAUUCGGAAAUAGAUCAGCUUUUCAGGAUAUUUCGUACAUUGGGUACACCUGAUGAAAGCACGUGGCCAGGAGUGUCACAGCUAACAGAUUAUACAUCAAUGUUUCCCAGGUGGGAACCACGAUCCUUAGAUGAAGUUGUGCCUUCCUUCAAUUCUGAUGCCAAAGAUUUGCUUCUGAAACUGUUGACUUAUGAUCCCAACCAGAGAAUAACAGCAAAGAAAGGAUUAAGUCAUCCUUAUUUCAAUGGAGUUACAUUAGUUCCACCACCACUGCCAAAGAAAAAUUAAUCUAGAUAUACUGUCUCCUAAUUUACUAUAUUUCAUAAUUCUCUUUCAUAACAGCACAAAACUGCCAAUAAUAUAAUUUUAAAUUUAGUAUUUUCCUAGUAUUUUAUUUAUGCCUGGCAAAGUACUUUUUACCGUUCUGUUUAUUAGUCGGGCUGUACCCUGUUCGCACGUCAGUUUUUUGUUCACUCUGCACGACGAACAAUCGUUGAAUACCACGAUAUCAAAGAUUAUAAAGCAUAAUAUUAUAAGAAAUAAAAAAUAUUGUCUUUUAUAA